AUGAGCCUGAACUUGGCGCAGGAGGUGUCUCUGUUGCUGGAACAUGUGAAGAGGGACGAUCGAUGUAAAGUGAUAGUGUGGACUGGCGCAGGGCGAGCCUUCAGUGCGGGGGGCAACUUUACCGACCCCAACACAACAGUUCCGGAGGAGGUCUAUGAAGGCUACGUAAAGGCAGGCUUGGCAGUCCGACUGCCCGACAUCUCCUUGGCGGGUUCCACCCGGGCUAUGAUCAAGCUGCCAAAGAUCUCCAUUGCCGCCGUCAAUGGCAUGGCAGUCGGUGGGGGAGUGAACAUGGCCUUUGUUUGGCAGGACUACGCCUUCGUCAGCCAGGACGCGGUCUUUCGCUAUCCCUUUGGCGAACUGGGCCUCGUACCGGAGUUGGGCUCUUCUGUGCUACUGCCAAAGCUGAUCGGUUCACUACGUGCCAAGCAGUUGAUGCA